AUGGGACUGAUAUAUGCGGUUGCUCGUGCUGCAUAUAACUUGUGGUUGCACCCGUUGCGGCAUUACCCAGGACCUCGACUGUCGGCAGCUUCGGGUAUUCCCACUGUAUUGAUGAUCCUGCGUGGACAGCCUCACAAGGAAAUCGCAAACCUACACGAUCAAUACGGCGAGAUCGUCCGAAUUGGUCCCAAUGAGCUGAGCUUCGUCAACGCGGAAGCAUGGGAGAACAUCUUUGACCACCGCAAAGCGGGACAAGGAGAAAACGUCAAGGACCCGGCUUUUGCAGCACCUUUCUCCGGAAACAUUAUUGGUGCUGGCCGAGACGAUCAUCGCCGUAUGCGCCGCCUUCUAUCCCACGGGUUCUCAGCACAGAAGAUGUCUGAGCAGCAACCUCUCAUCAGACAGUACAUCGACUUGCUCAUACGCCGCGUCCGCGAGGUUGGUGAGCAGGGGUCAAAGGCGGUGGACAUGGUCUCCUGGUUUAACUGGACGACUUUCGACAUUAUCGGGGAUCUCGCCUUUGGCGAGCCUUUUGGUUGUCUCGAAAAUAGUGGUUACCAUCCUUGGGUUGCUGCAAUAUUCUCGGCCGUCAAGGUGAACACGUGGCUCGGGCUUGUUGCUAGGUAUCCCAGCUUAUCGUCGUCUUUGGCCUUGUUCAUUCCCAAGUCGAUGAAAGAAGGCGCCGAGGCCCAUGAUAAUCUCACCCGAUUAAAGGUUGACAAGAGGCUAUCACUGAAAACAUCUAGACCUGACUUUGUGGAUGCCAUGUUAUCAAAAGGUGAUCUGAGCAUGACCAAGGAAGAAAUCUACGACAACGCAGGACUCCUUAUUGGAGCUGGCUCAGAAACUACGGCAACUGCACUGUCCGCCGCGACAUUCUUCCUGACGAUGCAUCCAAAUGUUCUGCAAAAGCUGACACAAGAGAUUCGGACCUCUUUCGAGUCUGAAGACGCCAUAAACAUUCAAGGAGUUCAAAAGCUUGAUUAUAUGCUGGCAGUAUUGGAUGAAACCAUGCGCUUACAUCCACCUCCUCCGGUUGCAAACCUGCGCCAAGCAUGUCCUGGGGGCACCAGGAUUGGUGUCUGGCACUGGGCAAUGUUUCGCAACCCCAACAACUUUCUACUCCCUAAUUCAUUUAUCCCGGAACGAUGGUUGGGCGACAAGCGCUUCAUCAAUGACAACAAGCAAUCGUUCCAGCCAUUCUCAUAUGGGCCUCGCAACUGUAUCGGAAAAAAUCUUGCUUACGUCGAGAUGCGAAUCAUUAUGGCGAGACUGAUUUGGAACUUUGACAUGUUUCUGGCCGAAGAAUCUUGCGAUUGGCUGGAAAAGGAGGAAGUUUAUACCUUGUGGCACAAAGGCCCUCUAUACGUGAAGAUGAAGCCGAGGUUGAUAUAA